GCCACUGGCUGCUUCUCUUCUGACAAGGCAGCCAGCGAGGGAAGGCAAAAAGGUCGGAAGGACCGCACGGAGAAUCGUUUUGCAUGGGCGCGAAGGAUGGCGGGACGGUACCGGGGAAGAUGGGCUCCCAGGACGUGCUCAGGGAUACUGCCAAGCUGGCUUCCUCCAACGCCCUCUUGCAGGUGCUAUUCCGGCUAAUUACAUUUGGCUUAAAUGCUUUUACUUUACGUUAUGUAUCAAAAGAAAUAAUUGGUCUUGUGAAUGUAAGACUGACGCUACUUUAUUCAACAAUAGUUUUCUUAGCCAGAGAAGCAUUCCGUAAAGCUUGUUUGAGUGGGAGCUCAAGGAGAAACUGGACACAAACAUUUAAUCUAUUAUGGCUAACAGUUCCUUUGGGCAUAUGUUGGUGUGUGUUCCUGGGCUGGAUCUGGCUAGAUAUACUUGAAGUUCCUAAUGAAAAUGCAGUUCCUUACUAUAAUUUUGGAGUACUUGCUUUUUGUCUUUCCGCUGUGAUUGAACUCCUGGGUGAACCUUUUUGGAUUUUAGCUCAAAUACAUUUACUUGUACGGCUAAAGGUGAUUGCUGAGAGUUUGUCAAUCAUUUGCAAAUGCUUUUUGACAGUUCUUCUAGUAGUUUUGUAUCCACACUGGGGACUGUAUAUCUUUUCUUUGGCUCAGCUUUUAUACACUACCAUUCUGGUAUCGUGUUAUAUAAUAUAUUUCAUGAAAUUUUUGGGUUCUCCUGAAGCAAUCAAAAAAUCAUUUCCUAUUACUAGAAUGGUAUCUUUUUUACCUGCUUUGGGACAAAAUGAGGAUAUUGUUAACUGGAAGGAAGCAAGGUUGACUUGGAGUUUCUUCAAGCAAUCAUUCCUAAAACAGGUUUUAACAGAGGGUGAAAGAUAUGUGAUGACUUUCCUGAAUGUAUUAAAUUUUGGAGACCAAGGUGUUUAUGAUAUUAUAAACAACCUUGGUUCUUUGACAGCUAGAUUUAUAUUUUUACCAAUAGAAGAGAGUUUUUAUGUAUACUUUGCUAAAGUUCUAGAACGUGGGAAAGAUACUAAGUUGCAAAAGCAGGAUGAAAUUUCUAUGGCAGCUACUGUAUUAGAAUCACUGUUGAAACUGGUGCUUCUGAUCGGCUUAACUAUUACAGUAUUUGGUUUUGCCUAUUCGCAUUUGGCACUGGAUCUUUAUGGAGGAUCAAUGCUUAGUUCAGGAUCAGGUCCAACUCUCCUUCGUUGGUAUAGUUUGUAUGUCUUGCUGCUUGCUGUUAAUGGGAUAACAGAGUGUUUUACAUUUGCUUCAAUGUCUAAAGAAGAAGUGGACAGGUAUAACUUUGUCAUGCUGGGUUUGUCCUUUGCAUUUCUGUGCCUGUCCUAUUUCUUGACCUCUUGGCUAGGGAGCAUAGGAUUUGUCCUUGCCAACUGCUUCAAUAUGGGGAUCCGAAUUUUACACAGCCUCCACUACAUCUAUAGAUACUUCGAAUGCAGCCCUUACAGACCUUUGAAGGGCCUUCUUAUUUCACGAUUCCUGGUUGUUGUUUAUAUCAUCAGUGGGAUGAGCACUAAGGUUUCAGAGGUGUUUCUGUGCUGUGAUAAAGGGUGGAUGGCCAGAUUAAUUCAUGUCACAGUUGGAGCACUUUGCCUUAUGGCAACUCUCACGACAAUAUUUUUUACAGAGACAAACCUAAUACAUUUUGUUAGAAUGCAUAUUUUAUCAAGAUAUUCCAAAGAACAAUUAAAAUAAUGCUAAGUUAUAAUAAUAAUUAUAUAUAAUUAAUAAUGUUAAUUUGAUAAAGGGAUUUGUAUUUAAAUGGAUAAUUAUUAUACAAAGAUGUAUAAAGAUGUAAUGUUUCUAAUGAUUAUCUGAUUGAAAUUUUGAAACAGCCAUGCAGGGAAUCCUCACUUAAUGACCAGUCAUUAAAUGAGGAUUCCCUGUAUGUCUGUUUCAAUAUUAUAAUUUAGCUACCAUUCAAAGUUACAAUGGACCUCCUCAGAACUACGUACAACCUGAUUUUGAAUGACUGUACUCUCCUCUGGAUUCAUGGGAUUGCAUUCUGGAAGCUUGGCAACCAACUCACAAUUAUGGCUGUUUACUGCAGUCAUAUGGCAUUUUUAUUCCUGGUUUCCAACAACAACAACAACAACAAAAAAGCCCAUUGGGUAAAACAGGUUUUACUUUAUGACCAUGGCACUAACUUAAUGAAUAUGGUAUUUGCUUACAACCGCAAACAGGUUGCUAAAAUCAAUCAUGGUCACAAGGUGAUCCUCUAAACAACAACUACCAUGACUUAACCACCAAAAUUCCAGGCUUAAUUAUAUUAGUAAGUUGAGGACUACAUGUAGUUGAUGACAAAAUUAAAUUUUGAGCCUGAAACAUUUUAAAUUGACAACUUUGCCAGGUGCCAGCUAUUUGUGAAUGGAGUUAUUUUCUAAAUAUAUUUUAUCCGGGAGGUUACCGCUUCAGAGGGUUCUGGUUGUUUGGGAUGACUUUUAAUGAUAAACAUGGAGGAAUUUAAAUGUGAGCCAGUGUGGUGGACUAGGAAUGAAUAAAGUCAAGUCCUGCUCCUCAAUUAGGCAUGGAAGCCAGCUGGGUGACUUUGAGCCAGCCAUUCUCUCUCUUUGUUUAGACUACGAAAUUCAAAAAAAUCCACUCAGACCAGUGGAGUAAAAUAUG